AUGCAAAUUAUAGACAUAUCAGAGAAGAAGUGGAUAGCUGCAAUCUCCAGGGUUGGUAACUUCCACAGGAAGACCCUCUUGGUUGAUGAUGGUUCCUUAGAAGCGGCUUUGUCUUUUGCGGUAGAUUCUCAUGGAGCCGAUAUUCCUAACGACCCUCCAGUUGCCACCGCUAUUUUCCCUUCCACACAAGAGGGAGAGAGAGAAGUAACUUCCUCUCCUUGUACAAAGAGGAAGGCUCCAGACUCGGAUACUCUAUCAAACGAGAGACUCAAAACCGUGAGAUUAAGUUCUCCGCCACAAGUCCCUAGCCCCCUGCAUUCUGUUUUUCCCUCUUCAGAACCUUUAGACUCUGAGCUCCCUCUUCCGGGAGAUAGAGUAAUUCCAAAGGAAAUCGAUGAGCCGAGACCGGAGGCUCCCUUAUCUCAAGGACUGAGUGUUAGGACUCAAAAUCUUUUACCCGCUUCGAUUUCAGGCGAAGAAGAGAUUGGAGACAUGUUCCGAAGUUUUCAGACCAGGGAAGGGGCAUCCCUUCCCCCCUUUUCGGUUUGGAGGCCAGAAAUCCGUCAGAUGUUUGCCAAUCGAGUCUGCUACCUAUCCCAGGCGUUUAUGGAGACUAAUGGAAUGAUUUUCCAUUAUGAGAACCUUCUUCACCAAGCGAUGAGAGAGACCGCAAAGGCUAAGAAGGAGGUCGAUGAACUUAGACUAGUCAAUCAGUCUGAGCGACGUGAGCAGGCAAAAGCACUCGAGUCAUCUUUUGAGAACAUGAAGAAAACUCUAGCAGCUAACGAGCAACGUAUCAGAAUUGCGAACGCUGAAAGAGAUUCUGCGAGGUCUAAUGCUCUUCGCUUGGAGGCUGAUCUAGAAGAGACUACGACUUUGCUUGAAGAAGCGAAUCAAAAGACCGAGCUAUUAACUAGGAACAGGGCUCGCGAUAUCGCUGAAGCCGAACAUAACGCUCGAGAAGAGAUGAGGGGAUUUGGUAGGCAACUUAUUCAAUCUGUUACGAAGUUCACCAAAGACGAAGAGGUCUGGACUAAACUUCUAACCGAUCGAGCCAAGCUGAAGAGCAAUCUAGACCUGAUUGAGGAACUAGAGAAUGGAAGAGUUUCAUUCGAGAGCGAGAGGAGAGAAGUUGUUGCCGAACUCGCUGCGGUUGAAUCCGAGCUAUCCUCGGCUUCCCGUCCUAUUCUCGAUCUGAACAAUUUUCUUUAG